AUGACUGUGCCCGACUAUCGACUCAUCAACAUGGCGAACUCGAAUUCCGAUAUGAUUAGCCUCCGCGCGCCUCUUGCCCGCGCGGCUACAAUUCUCGACCGUUCUCUCUUUUCUAAAAAGUUGGAACUCGCUGCCGCCACGGUCAAAGACCCCCGCAACAUCUCAAAGUACCGCAAACAGCUGGAAAAGGGAAAUGAGCUUCUUAGACUUGACCGUCUGGAUUCAUGCAGAACUGAUCCCAAGUCAUCAAAUUUGAAAUGCCUUUUGUUGCGACCUGGCGUGAAAGCUGAUACACCGACGACAUGGGGUCCUGUCUUCCAGGAGGGUAUCAAGACUGGAGAGCUGGAUGUGGUUCCUUACGAGCUGCAGCUCGACUAUGACUACUGGAGCUACCUUGAUGUGAUGACAUCCAUCUUGCCUGAGGAACUUCACGUAGAGAUCCCAGUCGGGUUCAAUACGGCUGGACAUGUUGCGCACCUCAACCUCAAGGAACAGUACCUCCCUUAUAAAAAGAUCAUCGCAGAGGUUAUCCUCGACAAGAACCCCAAAAUCACCACCGUUAUCAACAAGGUGGAUGAUGUCGGCGGCAACUCUGUGUUCAGAACCUUUGCCUACGAGGUUCUCUGUGGACCCGAGGAUAUGAACGUCGAAGUCAAGGAGAACGAUUGCGUCUUCCAAUUCGACUAUUCCAAGGUGUACUGGAACAGCAAGCUCGAGCCCGAACACACUAGGCUCAUCGGCAUGUUCAAACCGGGAGAAGUUGUCGCCGAUGUUAUGGCGGGUAUUGGACCGUUCGCCGUGCCGGCAGGAAGGAAGGGUGUUUUCGUCUUCGCCAACGACAUGAACCCCGAAAGCUACAAGUACUUGAACGCAGCUGUCCAGAAGAACAAGGUCCAGCAGUAUGUCCGUCCAUACAACAUGGACGGCCGCAAAUUCAUCCAGGAGGCCGUUCACCAAGUCUACGACGCUUCUAAGAAGGGAGAGGGCGCUGUCAUCAAGCCCAAGCAAUCGAGAAGCAAACCCCAGAACCCCCCUCCUCAGCCGAAGCACAUCCCAAUCCCUCCUACAAUCUCGCACUUCGUCAUGAACCUACCAGCUUCGGCUUACACAUUUGUGAACCACUACAAGGGCAUCUACAGCGGACACGAGGAGCUCUUCGAACCUCACACGUCUGCGAAGCUACCCAUGGUUCACGUCCACUGCUUCGCCCUCAAGAGCGACGACGAGGUACCCCUGAAUGACAUCCUCGAACGUAUAUACGCCGAGAUCGGCGUCAGGUUCAAGCUUGGAGACGCGGAUAAGCAAGGGGAAAUGACCAUUUACAACGUGCGGGACGUUGCUCCGAAGAAGCGCAUGUUUUGCGCGAGCUUCCGUAUUCCUCCUGAGUUCGAUGUCACUGUCACCGAGAUGGACAUGUCGAUGCCGGCUUGCCUCACCAUCCUCCACGACCGUGACCGAUAUCCCAUCCACGCCGUCCAGGCCUUUACCAACCCCGCCUCGCUUCGCCCAACUUGCAGCCGGUGUAAGGCUGACAAAGCUCUCAGCAAAGAGCUUCCCCGGCGCCUCUCGUAUAUCUGGUGUACCUAG